GAGGAGAGGGGUGGCGCCACACGUGUGUGUCUCCGUUCGCUGUGCAUGUUCACCAGAGCACACACGGCUCCAUUCACUGACACCCAUUACCGGGCCGGCCACGGGGGACCGACACACACACACAGCCCCCCCACCUCCUCCUCAUUCCACACACUUCCCACUCUCUUCUCUGUCUUCUCCAACUUCUGCCACUCCCUCCCUCCCCUCUCUUCUUCAUUUGUGAGGAGGGAUGGAGGAGACACCUCAGGGAGAAGAGUGAGUGUGCCACCCACCCCAUUGCUUCUAGGUGACCCGCUCCUACAGAGGAGCAACAUCUGUACAACUUGGAGUGAGGGAGGAGAGAGAAAGGAGGAGGAGAGAGAGGAGGACUGCGGGAGAACAGGAACAUGCCAAAGUGAGAGAAAGAGAGGAGAAGAGGAGCGGAGAGGAGAAAACUUUAGAAGGAAACGUGUGAGUAUGAGCGUUCUUCGUACAGGGAGGUUGUGAGUAAUGAGAAGUCAACAUGGAAGCACAGUCCCAUAGCACUACUAUGAGUGAAAAGAAAAAAGUAGAGAAUUCUCUAGUGAAAGGCCAUACUCGGACCGAUGUGAGUGAGAAGGCAGUUGCCUCCAGCACAACUUCCAAUGAGGAUGAAAGUCCCAUUCAGGCCUAUCACAGAGAAAGAAGGAAUGCAAUUACCAUGCAGGCUCAAGGAGGGCAAGGCCUUAGCAAAAUCAGUGAGGAGCCUUCUACAUCUAGCGAGGAAAGGGCCUCAUUAAUAAAGAAAGAAAUCCAUGGAUCUAUAACCCAUCUACCUGAACAUUCUCUUCCAUAUCGGGGAACGCUAUUUGCAAUGGACCCAAGAAAUGGUUACCUUGAUCCACACUAUCGGUGUCUUUCUGUAGACUUCCAACAUUAUCUCCAACAUGAACACUUCCAAGCAGACUGCAUUCAACAUUCCAACAAAAGUUCUGCAUGUGUGUUUUGCUCCAGAACUCCACCUCACCUAUUUCCAGCCUUUCACCCUCCAGUGCCAAUUGACGCAAGACAUCAUGAAGGCCGAUAUCACUAUGAACCUUCCCCUAUCCCUCCACUGCAUGUGCCUUCUGCAUUAGCAAGCAGCCCAACAUAUUCAGAUCUUCCGUUCAUAAGAAUAUCCCCGCACAGAAAUCCUGGGACGACAUCGGACUCACCAUUUAGCCCUCAUCACCCUUAUAUCAAUCCAUAUAUGGACUAUAUCAGAUCAUUACAUAGUAGCCCUUCACUUUCUAUGAUAUCAGCAGCACGUGGACUUAGCCCUACUGAUGUUCCUCAUGCUGGUGUCAGCCCUGCUGAAUAUUACCAACAUAUGGCACUACUCGCAGGACAACGAAGUCCAUAUGCUGACAUUAUUGCUUCACCAACAACUCCAGGUGUUGGAGCCACUGCUCUUCAUAUGGAGUAUCUUCAUGCUAUGGAAAGUUCCAGGUUCCCUAGCCCCAGACUAACAGCACGGCCAAGCCGAAAAAGGACAUUGUCUAUAUCCCCACUCUCAGAUCACAGUUUUGACCUUCAGACCAUGAUACGAACAUCUCCAAACUCUUUAGUUACCAUUCUCAAUAACUCACGAAGCAGCUCCUCAGCUAGUGGCUCUUAUGGACAUUUAUCAGCAAGUGCAUUAAGCCCGGCCUUGAGUUUUACAUACCCACCUACCCCUGUGUCCUUACAGCAGAUGCAUCAGCAUAUUAUAAAUCGGCAACACAGCAUAGGAUCAGCGUUUGGACACAGCCCCCCACUUAUUCAUCCUGCACCUACGUUUCCUACUCAGAGAACUAAUCCUGGCAUUCCCAGUGUUUUAAAUCCUGUCCAAGUCAGCGUGGGUCCAGCAGAAGUUAUACAGAACAAGCCUACCAGUGAGUCAGCUGUGAGUAGUACAGGGGACCCAAUGCACAAUAAACGCUCCAAGAUUAAACCUGAAGAAGAGCUACCAAGCCCAGCUGCUGGAGGCAUGCAAGAUCAGCCAGAUGGAAUGACUCUGAUAAAAGAGGAGGGGGACAAAGAUGAAAGUAAACAAGAGCCUGAAGUAGUCUACGAGACAAACUGCCAUUGGGAAGCCUGCUCCAGAGAGUUUGACACACAAGAACAGCUAGUGCAUCAUAUAAACAAUGAUCAUAUACAUGGUGAAAAGAAGGAGUUUGUAUGUCGCUGGCUGGACUGUUCAAGAGAGCAAAAGCCAUUUAAAGCUCAGUAUAUGCUGGUGGUCCACAUGAGAAGACACACGGGAGAGAAGCCACACAAAUGCACAUUUGAAGGCUGUUCGAAGGCUUACUCCAGAUUAGAAAACUUGAAAACCCACUUGAGAUCUCACACUGGAGAGAAACCUUAUGUAUGUGAGCAUGAAGGCUGCAACAAGGCUUUCUCUAAUGCUUCUGACAGAGCCAAGCACCAAAACCGAACUCAUUCCAAUGAGAAACCAUAUGUAUGUAAAAUUCCUGGCUGCACUAAAAGAUAUACAGAUCCCAGCUCUUUGAGGAAACAUGUAAAGACUGUGCAUGGUCCUGAGGCUCAUGUCACUAAGAAACAGCGUGGUGACAUUCAUCCAAGACCUCCUCCACCAAGAGAGCCAGGGAAUCAUUCACAAUCUCGAUCGCCAGGCCAUUCGUUUCAAGGUACACAUGGAGAGCACAAGGACCUCGGUAACACUACCUCAAAGCAUGAAGAAUGCCUCCAUGUAAAAUCAGUGAAAACUGAAAAACCAAUGACAUCUCAGCCAAGCCCUGGUGGUAAGUCUUCAUGCAGCAGCGAGCAGUCCCCCAUCAGCAACUAUACCAACAGUGGGAUCGAGUUUACUCUGAAUAAUGGAGACAGCUUAGGAGACCUCAGCACCCUGGAUGAUACCCCAAUCAUGGACUCUACCAUUUCCACAGCAACCACAGGACUUGGUUUACAAGGCAGGAGGAUAAUGACAGGAACUAAAUGGAUGGAACAAGUUAAAUUAGAAAGAAUUAAACAGAUUAAUGGUAUACUUCCAAGACUGAACCCUGUACCACCUUCCAAGGCCCCAUCUCUGCCACCUAUCACUGGAAAUGGUUUUCAGCCAAGCAGCAACCUUAGUUUGGGAGACUCAAUGUCCAUUCUUCCUAACAAACAUGAGUUUUCAAGUUCUGAUAUUACAGUAUUGAAUAUGUUGAACAAUAGAAGGGACAGCAAUACAAGUACAAUCAGCUCUGCAUACUUAAGUAGUAGUCGAAGAUCUUCUGGCAUCUCGCCAUGUUUUUCUAGCCGAAGAUCAAGUGAGGCUUCCCAAGCAGAUGGAAGGGUUCAGAAUAUCAGUGUUACAGAUUCAUAUGAUCCCAUCUCUACCGAUGCUUCAAGAAGGUCAAGUGAAGCAAGUCAGUGUGAUGGUCUGCCUAGCCUCCUUAGCUUCACUCCAGCACAGCAAUAUAGGUUAAAAGCCAAAUAUGCUGCUGCUACAGGUGGUCCUCCACCAACACCAUUACCUAACAUGGACAUGAUGAGUCUAAAGACGAGAAUGGCAUUAUUGGGUGACACAAGAGACAGUAGACUAUCUCCUCUUUCUUCAAACAGUGUUCCUAGAAGAUGUAGUGAUGGUGGAGUGAGCACUUUUGGCAGAAGACAUUUAAUUCCCAGCGAGCUACAAGUGAACACUAUGCGUAGGGCAAGUGAUCCUGUAAAAAUGGUUUCCUCCAAUCUGCCUACUGGUAGAGUUCAGCGUUUCAACAGUCUAAACAGCAUCAAUUCCCAUGAUGUGUCUGCAAUUUCUGAUAGGCGUAGCUUGGCUUUGCAAAAUUAUACACGUAGUGUAUAUUCUCCAUGUCCUCCAAGCAUUAGCGAAAAUGUUGCCCUGGAGGCUAUGAUCAUGGAAGCCGAAGGGAAUUUGGAUGAUGAAGACUUCUUACCAGAUGAUAUGGUUCAGUACCUUGAUUCACAAAACCAAAGUUUGUAUGAAAACCCACAGAACACGGAGCCAGACACACCACAAAACAAUGCAGCUUUAUCAAGGAACAAUAAUUAUGACCACUCCCAUAUGACUAAUGGCUUGUUGUAUCAACAAGUCCGCAAUGGAGAGCAGAUUGAUCAAUUAAAUAACAAGAAUGACCUCCCAAUACAGUGGAAUGAAGUUAGCUCAGGCAGUGCAGAUCAGUCCCCAUCUAGAAUGAAAUAUUGGCAGCGUUUUGUUACGCAGCAAAUUCGACCUAUUGGUUUGUUUAAUAAUAUGGGGGUUCAGCAACAAAACAUGUCAAAAAAUGGACAGUCACAGCACAGGGGCUAUCAUAAUGCACAAACUAAUUCUCAAAUGAUACAGAAUAAUUAUAAUCUAUACACUAGUUCCCUGGCUAACAAAGACCAGCAAUAUCCAGUACCCUGCAUCCCAGCAAACAGAGUGCAGAGAUGUGCAAGCAACAGCCAGAUUAACAGUGCACUGCAGAACUUUGUAUCAUCCAUGCACUAUGUUGAGCAGUUAGCUGAUGCAGCUCAAGUGUUACAGAAUCCAAAUCUUCUAAACCAGGAAUAUAUGCAACAACUUGCAACUGAACACAUGAUAUAUGGCAUGAAUUCUUUAGGAGUAAACCGAUCUAAUCAGACAGUCUUGGGUCAAAACAGUCAGAAUGUGGAAGCUGCCCCAAAUUUCACACAAUCAGUUCAACCCAAUGAUAACCAACAAUAUCCACAGUCCAGAAAUCACUUGGCAUGCUUUAGCAGUGGUGGCAACGGCAGGCAAAAUGUGCAAAGAAGUAUAUCAUAUAUUCAAGAUCAAGUCAAUGACAACAGCCAACAAAUUUACAAAAUUAACGGUGUAAAGACAGAAUUGGCACCACAGCAGCACUGUGCAAAUUCACAGAACUACUCAGGUCAGUUGUAUGACCAGGCUACGGGAUACCCUCAGCAGAGAUUGAAAUUAAACUCUCAGUCUAUCCCAGAAGGCAGCUGCUUAAUGGAAGACAAUAAUAAUGCCAGUGCAUCUGAGCUUCUCUCACCAGGAGUUAACCAAGUCACAAGUACAGUGAAUAAUAUUGAUGGCAACAGUUUCGAUGGGGUGCAAAUUGAUUUUGAUGCCAUCAUAGAUGAUGGGGAUCAUGCCAGCCUAAUUUCUGGAGCUCUAAGUCCAAGCAUCUUCCAGAACCUGUCACGUAAUUCAUCACGUCUUACAACUCCCCGAGUGUCUCUUACAUUCCCAACCAUGCCAGUGAGUACCACUAACAUGGCAAUUGGGGACAUGAGUUCUUUGCUAACCUCGCUUGCAGAAGAAAGCAAGUUUCUUGCUGUUAUGCAAUAGACGGGAGGAUUGAAAUGAACUGUACAUGAAUAUGAAAGUAACUCAUUUUAUAUAUAUGUACGUAUUUUAGCAAUUUUUAUCCCAGUUAAAAGGGAUACAUUCCAAGUAUGUUCCAUUAUGGAAUAAUGACUCAAGCCCUAAAGUGUUGUAGGGAGAAAUAGUCUUCCAUUUCAGUUUUGGAUCAGUAUUGACAGCUCAAAACCAUGCAUUUGUUUUUCUUGCUGUAUGGGUCUAUAUGCUUCCCCUUAAAUGUAAAACGAUGUAAUAGUGUGAUGUAUGUGCAUGUUUGACUUUUUUUUUUCAUCUUAAUUCUUUUUAGUUGUUUGCUUUAAUCAUUUAAAUGACUGAUCUUGUUUAAAUGUGUUCUAUUGAAAAACGUAACUUUCCAUUUUAAAUCAGCUUAUUGUGACCAUGCAGUCUCGUUCACCUCUCUAUCGUUUUGCAGAUAAUGCAGUUGUAAUUAUGCAACACUAGAGUGUAAAUAUAUUCAGGCUAGUUUUAGGUUGUGCUAAAGGUAGCAUGCCAAAAAUACAGUACAUAAAAUGUCUUGGUCUAAUAAAUGUAUUGUUAUUAUUUACAUAAUUAAGUGUUUUUUUUUUUUUUUUUGCUUUUUCCAUUUGUCUUGGAAAUAAUAGGAAUAUGCUAAAUAUCUACGCAAAGGCAAUCAUUAUGUCAUGUCAUGUCAAGUUUAAAAAGGCCAGUCAUGACUUAUUUAGUCCCUGUAAAACAUAUAUAUGCCAUAUGGGCCAGACCUAUAGUAACACUGACAUUUUUUUUUCUUAUAACUUGAUGUAAUAAAAGGCAAUCUGUUUGUAGAAAGGGAAAUCUCCACUUGUAUUUUGUUUUUAUAAAUAUUGUUAUUGUUGUGUGCAAAGUGUAUGGUACUCUUGUUUAUGACAUAAUGAUUCAGUACUUGACUUCAUGUAGCACUGCAGACAUAAUUUCCCAGAGGCUUGAUUUUAAUUAUGUUAAGUCUUAAUAUGGUACUCCUUUGCUGUUUAAUUUUUCAUUGUACUAUGUCUGUAGUUUUAUACAUUACAUAUCAGUGUUUUAGUUCUUUAUUGAAAUGUAUGUGCCUUAUUUUAUGUUUAAUCCUUAAACGGGGACCAAGAAUAUUGCCAAACCAUAGCCACCCUUACACAGUUCUCCAAUUCAGUAGAUAUCAUGCCACUUUUACUCAAGUUUGACAACUGUUACCUGUUUUUCACAAUGUUUGUUUUGUUUUGUUUUUAUUUUUUCAGAAUGGCUUUGUAUUGCACAUUCUGUGAGAUUGUAAGAUAGGAUACUUUUGUCACUUUUUUUUUACUUUUUUAUUGUAAUCUUUUUUUUUUUUUAAGUGUAAAUAGCUUAAACUGUGCUAGGGAUAGAAUGACUUUUUAAGGCCGCUAGUCAUAGUACAGACCUAAAACAGAAGUGGAUCAAAUAAUGCCAAGUUUAGGACCAGCCUGAAGGAUCUGUAGCAUACUGUAUACAGUAACUGUACUUUUUGCUCUCAGAGCCACUUAGCUUUUUGUAACAAAAAAUAAAAAUGAUAAAAAAAAUUAUUACUUUAAUAAAAAGAACUUUGUACCUGA